UACUGGGGUGUCCCCCACUCUACCCUGCGUAGUCUCUCUCUGGCUCCCGCCCCUGACUUUGAAGCCAGGAAGCCAAAGAGGAAAUGACUCUCCCAGUCUUGGCCCCCGCCCGCCCCAUUCUCACCCACCCCUCCUCAUCUCCCCACCCCGCCCUGACUGUCCCCACCGGGCCAAGGCCACCAGCUCCGGACCCCCCAGCUCCAAGAUGUCAGCUUCAGGUCACCUCUACUUCCUCUUCCUCCUCCUGGGCUUGGCCCCAUCUUCAUGGACCCAAGGUACAUCGAUGGCCCCUGGAUCAGACAUGAUGGAAAAGAACCAUACAACCCCAUCUGAGGAGCCGUUUACUUCAAGUUUAAGCACAGCUCUAAGUCCAACCACCUCAGAGCUCCAGGUGACUUCCAUGGAUCCUACCAAGGAUGAUAAAGACACAGGCCAAACCCAGCCAGAGAAUAAGAUGGAGACAACUUCAGCAAUGGGUCACGCGGACCCUACUCCUGCGGGCAGCAGAACGAGCCCCCCGACGCCUCCCAUCUCCUCAGGUGGUGAGGAGAAGUGGGAUCCCUUCAAAAGCAAUGAAUAUACGCUCAGAAAGAGGGGUUUAAUUGCAGCUGCUGUACUCUUCAUUACCGGCAUCCUCAUCCUCACUAGCGAUCGAUGCCGCCAGUUCCGCUGGUGCAGAAGGCAGCAGCGAAGUGCCUACAAGGUGACCCAGGCCUGAGGCCCCAAUGCUAGUGAGGAAGCAGUGGUGGAACCCUGGUGUUCACGGAAGGAUCCCAAGGCUCUGGCCACCCCGGAGGCGCAGGGAGUUCUGAGAAGAAAGUCCUAGUGACCGAUCCUUUGUCUGACCUCCCAUCAUUAUAACCUCUUUCUCAGGAAGGCAUCGGCCCUCCCAAUUUCUAGGUCUCCCUGGCCUGUGAUGUCCUCCCUUAAGAUCCCGAGUUUCUCAGCACCCCGCAUGGUGCCAAAUACUCAAUAAACUUUUGUGAGGUCAGAUGAA